AUGAGACGCAUCCUCGUUUUACUGGCUGUGGUGUGGAUGUGUGAUGCUGUUAAGUUCGGUCAGCUCUGCAGUGACAAUGUAUGCAACACCCAGAGUACAUCAGACAGCUGGGGAGAGGGACACUACGGAGCCUCGCGGUGUGGGAUACUUCACAAAGGUGUGGACAUCGAGUGCAGUGACGGCUCAGAUGUCUUAGCCCCGUUUGAUGUGACAAUCAAAGGGAGCCUGAUUGUCUAUAAUGACCCCAAUAAGAAAGCUAUCGACGAGGGCAUCAACCUCUCAGGAGAAGGUCUUUGUUUCAAACUUUUCUAUGUGAAGCCAAUCAAAACCUCAGGAACGGUGGAUAAGGGUGAGAAGAUUGGCACAAUGCUGCCCAUGCAGAGCGUUUACCAAGGGAUCACCUCGCACAUCCACGUCCAGAUGUGUAACAGAAGUGAAGACCCCACAGAGUAUUUCUCUGACUUAUGUCAGACUCGUGUCCCUUCUGAAGAAACGGAAUUAAUACCAGGACGAUUCUGGUGGUUUGAUCUGCCACACUAUUACGCCUAA